UGGCGGUGGAGUGCAAGAAGCGGCAGCAGCAACGCGCGCAGCAGGCGGCGGCCAAAGCUCGCGAGCAGCAGGUCACCAGCAGCAGCAGCAGCAGCAGCAACAGCCUCCAGAGCAGCACCAGCCUGGCGCCGCCCAUGAGCUACACGCUCGGCGGCCCCGGCACCAGCCAGCAGCUCGACCUCGGCAACAUCGAGAAGCUGGAGGUCCGCGGCAACGAGCUGGUGCUGACGAUGCGGGAGCCGCCGGGGGCAGACGGUGGCGGCGCUGCGGGCCCCCCUUCCCAUGAUGUGGACGAGGUGCUGGCCACGCGGCAGGAGGACGUGAUGGAUGCGGUGGUCAAGAUCUACUGCACCCACACCGAGCCCAACUACUCGCUGCCCUGGCAGCGCAAGCGCCAGUACUCCUCCACCUCCUCGGGCUUUGUGGUGGCGGGCGAGGCGGGGCAGCGCUACCUGCUCACCAACGCGCACAGCGUGGAGCACUACAGCCAGACCAAGGUGAAGCGACGGGGGGACGACCGCAAGUGGCUGGCCACCGUGCUGGCCAUCGGCACAGAGUGCGACGUCGCGCUGCUCACGGUGGAUGACGAGGAGUUCUGGCAGGGCGUGCAGCCGCUGCGCUUCGGCCCGCUGCCCAACCUGCAAGAGUCGGUGUAUGUGGUGGGGUAUCCCAUCGGUGGAGACACGAUCUCUGUCACAUCUGGCGUGGUGUCCCGCAUCGAGGUGACAGCCUAUGCGCACGGCGCCACCGAGCUGCUGGGCGUGCAGAUCGACGCCGCCAUCAACAGCGGCAACAGCGGAGGCCCCGUGUUCAACGAACUGGGCGAGGUGGUGGGCAUCGCCUUCCAGUCCUAUGCCGGGUCGGACGCCGAGAACAUCGGCUACGUCAUCCCCACCCCCGUCAUCAACCACUUCCUGGACGACUACGAGCGCAAUGGCACCUUCACCGGCUUCCCCGCGCUGGGCGUGCAGUGGCAGCGCAUGGAGUCGGCGGCGCUCAGGAAGCACUUCAACAUGUCUGAAGAGCAGAAGGGCGUGCUGGUGCGCAGCGUGCAGCCCAUCAGCCACGCCCACGGCCAGCUGUUCCCCGGGGACGUGCUGCUGGCGUUUGAUGGAGUGGAGGUGGCCUCUGACGGCACCGUGCCCUUCCUGAGCGGCGAGCGCAUCGCCUUCUCCUACCUCACCUCACAGAAGUUCACUGGAGACCUCGCCACCCUGGACAUCCUGCGGGAGGGCAAGCCCAUGCGCCUUCAGAUCAAGCUCAUGCGCCCCAACUCGCUAGUGCAGCACCACCUAGGCGGCCGAGACCCCUCGUACCUUGUGGUGGCUGGCAUCGUCUUCACCGUCGUCACAGAGCCCUACCUGGAGAGCGAGUAUGGGGCGGAGUAUGGGAGGGAGGCGCCCAUCAAGCUGCUGGACAAGCUACUGCACGCGUGGAAGGACGAGCCAGACCAGGAGGUGGUGGUGAUCAGCCAGGUGCUGGCCUGCAACGCCACGCUGGGGUACGAGGAGGUGUUCAACACGCAGGUGCACAAGUUCAACGGCACGCCUGUGCGCAACCUGAAGCACCUCACUGAGAUGGUGCUGACCUGCAAGGAGCAGCACAUGCGGUUUGAUGUGGACUAUUCGGAGGUGAUUGUAAUUGACACAGCGGUGGCCAACGAGGCGACCGAGGAGAUUCUGCGGCUGCACUCCAUCCCUGCCAUGGGCUCCAAAGACCUGCAGGAAGUGCUGGCGAGUGGCGGCGCGGCUGUGGCUGCCGCCGCGCCGGCAGCAGAUGGCGCGCAGGCUGCGGGGCCCGCGGCGGUGCAGCAGGAGGCGGCAGUGGUUGCAGAUGCGGCGCCCGUUGCGGCAGAGGCGGCGCUCGCGGCGGCAGAGGCGGCGCCCGCAGCGGCAGAGGCAGCGCCGGCGGCGGCAGAGCCCGAGGCAGCAGUGCCCGUGCAGCCAGCGCAAUAGAGGCCCUCUCUGCUGUGUCUGCGUGGUAGCACCCUAGCACCUAGCAUCUGCUGCCCUUGAGCCACCAUCUCCCUGCACUUCUUUCUCUCCCUGCGGCCUCCCUCACGCAAUUUUGCCAGCUCGGUGCUCUUGUUGCCGCUCCCCGCCCGUGCCCUUCAUCUCAGCGUGUUCCUCUGGCCCGGGCUGCCCUACAUUCUUCCCAUUCUUACUAG